AACAAAAGAAGAUCCUUGAGGUUUAAGAUGGUGAAUUCGUGGCAAUUCGUUGUUCUAUUGGUGACAUCUUUAGUGGUGACCACUUCAUCACAUGUGAUGAGCAGACAGGCUGACCAACCAAGUGAUGAUUUGACCACCCUGGAACCUCCCAGAACAAGUACCGAGCCCCACAGUACCACCAUAUACCCACCCAGCGAUCCUAACGACGAAUGCCACGGGUGCCCAGGAGGGCAGAUCUGCCUCUCAAUAAUACCCCCGUGUUACCGAGGUCCUAGUGAGUGUUUUAAUCAUGUGCCCGACCCAAGUCUGAACUGUGAACAGUACGUCUGCAAGCCCAUCCCCAUGUGCCUACCCUACUAUUUUAGCGGUUGAUGGUCAUUUUGCGAAACGAAUGUUUAAAGAAACAAUGGCUUAGAGAAAAAUAAAAGAUACAGAAA